AUGCAACAAGUCAAGAUGCUCUGGGGUACGCUCUGGGUAUUGGCCCUAUCCUGGACGGGUAGCUGUACGAAGGUGGUCGACGGCGUACACGCGUGCAAUACGCUCGCGGCCGCACUGCCCGGGCUGGUGACGUUCCCCAACUCGAGCCUGUUCGCCACGGAGAACACGUACUGGUCUCUGCGGCAGGAGGCCGUGACGCCCGACUGCUUCGUCGCGCCCAAGAUGACGGGCGAUGUAGCCAAGGCCGUCAAGCUGCUCACGUCUCUGCCGUCGCCCUUCACCGUCAAGGGCGGCGGCCACACCGCAUUCGCCGGCGCCUCCAACAUUGAGAACGGCGUCACCAUCGACAUGUUCCACCUGAACCAGAUCACCGUCGCCGCCGAUAGGAAGACCGUGUCGGUAGGCCCUGGGGCUCGGUGGAUUAAUGUGUCGACGGCGCUCGACCCGGUCGGCCUGGCCGUGGUCGGCGGGCGCGACCCUAACGUCGGCGUUAGCGGACUGACGCUGGGAGGGGGCAUCUCCUUCUUCUCCGGGAUUUAUGGGCUAGUGUGCGACAACGUACGCCGUUACGAGGUGGUGCUGGCGUCGGGGAAGGUGGUGGAGGCGUCGCCGACGGCGAACGCGGACCUAUAUUGGGCGCUUCGUGGCGGUACAGGAUCGAACUUUGGAAUCGUGACGCGCUUCGACCUCGCCAGCUUCGAGCAGGGCGAUCUGUGGAGCGCCGAGCUCAUCUACCCGGGCGCGCUCAACGCCACGCUGAUCCCGCUGUUCCAGAACCUGACCGUCUACGGCCUGCCGGCUGACCCGCAGGCGCACACAUAUUUCGUGCAGGCCUACAUCCCCGCCCUCGGCGGCUACAUCGUGCUCACCGACCAGUACCGCGCCACGCCGCUGCCCGGCGCGGCCGUGCCGCCCGUGUUCCAACCGCUGCAUGCGGUGCCGGCGCUGAUCACGCAGCAAAAGGUGGCCAACGUUUCAACCACGUCGCGCGGCAUUGAGGAGGCGUACGGCGAGCGGCAGACGUGGUGGAAUACGGCAGUGUCUGCGGCGUCGGCGCAGCUGCUCGUCGACCUUGUGCCGUUGUACGAGGCGCACGUGCAGCGGCUGCUCGCGGUGGCCAACGGCACGGCCAUCACGCCCUUUUUCAUCUUCCAGCCGCUGCCCAUCAACGUGCUGCGCGCCAUGCAGGCCAACGGCGGCAACGCGCUGGGCCUGUACCCGGCCGAUGGCUCGUUGGUCAUCGUGCAGCUGGCCGUGACGUGGGAGAACGCAGCCAUCGACUCGGCUGUCGAGGCGAGCUGCCAGAAGCUGAUCAGCCAGGUCGACGCGCUCGCGGCAGCCCGCAAGCUCGACCGCGGCUUCAUCUACGUCAACUAUGCUGGGAAAUCGCAAGAUGUGUUUCGCGGGUAUGGGGCGGCAAACCUGGCCCGGCUCAAGCGGGUCGCCAAGACGGCGGAUCCCCAGGGGCUCUUGCAACGGCUGUGGAAGGGGUAUUUCAAGCUCGACAGCCCGACUUGGUAA